AUGCCGCCAGCCGAAAACUCGGAGGCUGGCCGUCUCUUGAAAUCUCAACCCCGCGAUUCUGCCUCUUACACCAUGGCUGAUAAGGAAGAAGAGCGCAAAGCCUACGGGGCGAUUAAUAAUGAUGGGAGGAGGAAUAGUCUCGUGGACGCUGCUGAUGACGAAGCAAUUAUUCCCAAGGGAGCUUUGGAUCCCGUUUAUGAGGCGAAAGCUCGUAUUCUGAACCGUGCAAUUCAAGAUCUCGGCAUGGGGCGGUAUCAGUGGGAGCUUUUCGUCGUCAUAGGCUUUGGCUGGGCGAGCGAUAAUCUCUGGCCAAUCGUCACGUCGCUUAUUCUUACACCUGUCGCCAAUGAGUUCAGUGUACGCAAUCCACCGUAUCUCACUCUGGCACAAAACAUUGGUCUUCUUGGGGGCGCAAUUUUUUGGGGAUUUGGGUGUGAUGUUUGUAAGUCGUCCAGCCAGUUCCCUCAAUCUGUUCGCUUAUUAAUUCUGUUAGUUGGUCGAAAAUGGGCAUUCAAUAUCACUCUCGGUCUUACAGCAGUUUGGGGCCUCAUUUCAGCCAGCGCCCCCAAUUUCGCAGCAAUUGGCAUUUUCGACGCAUUGUGGUCUUUUGGUGUUGGCGGAAACUUACCAGUUGACUCGGCCAUCUUUCUCGAGUUUCUACCGGCAUCUCAUCAAUACCUCCUCACGAUUCUCUCCAUUGACUGGGCCAUUGCACAAGUCAUCGGUACACUUAUCGCGUGGCCACUUUUGGGUAAUUAUACUUGCGAACAAGAUACAGUCUGUCGACGAAAGGAUAACAUGGGAUGGCGAUAUUUUACCAUUACUGUUGGUGGACUAACACUUCUCAUGUUCCUUGUGCGCUUUGUUUUGUUCAAGAUCUACGAGUCACCCAAGUAUCUUAUGAGCAAGGGUCGCGAUGAAGAGGCAGUUAGGGUUGUGCACACCGUGGCCAAGAAGAAUGGAAAGACGUCAACGCUCAGUCUAGAGGAUCUGAAGGCUUGUGAACCGGAGGGCUACGUUGCCCAGACAGAUACCAGCGCUGCGUUAAAGCGAUAUCUGGAGAAGGUCGACUUGUCGCAUGUCAAGGCACUCUUCGUCACGAGAAAGCUGGGCCUGAGUACAGGAUUGAUCAUGGCAGUUUGGGCACUUAUCGGUCUUGGAUACCCUCUCUAUAACGCCUUCAUUCCGUAUAUACAGGCGACUAAGGGUGCCGACUUUGGCGAUGGAAGCACAUACCUCACAUACCGCAACAGUCUCAUCAUUGCUGUUCUUGGUGUACCAGGCGCACUUCUGGGAGGGUGGCUCGUUGAGUUACCACGGCUGGGACGAAAGGGCACGUUGUCACUCAGCACCAUGCUGACCGGCGUGUUUCUCUACUGCUCCACGACUGCUACAACAAGCGAUGCCUUACUCGGCUGGCAAUGCGCCUUCAACUUCUUCAGCAACAUCAUGUACGCGGUUUUGUACUCCUUCACGCCAGAGCUGUUCCCCACGCCUCACCGUGGAACAGGCAAUGCGCUGUGUGCUUCUUGUAACAGAAUCUUUGGCAUCAUGGCACCUAUUAUUGCCAUUUUUGCAAAUUUGGAAACAUCUGCCCCUGUAUAUACAAGUGGUGCAUUGUUUAUAGCAGCUGGACUCUUGGUAUUGAUGAUGCCUUUUGAGUCUAGAGGCAAAGCUGCACUAUGA